CAGAGCGCAGUGGCACUCCAGUGCGGAAGCAUGGCGAAGUACGGCGUACUGAUACUCCUGGUUGCUGGGGCCACGCUGCUGGGAUUGGCCCGGGCCCGCUACAGCCACGUCUCCUGCCAGGUGGUGGAGAACAAGUGGUGCACCGUGCAGCGGCUGCGGAUUACCGCGCGGACGGACGUGCGUGGCCUGGUGUUUCCGGACGACCGGUACGAGAAGAUCCGGAUCGGGCAGUACUACGAUUUCGUCAACACCGACAGCACGAUCGUGAUUUUCUCCGCCGAGCUCUUCCACCGGAUGCGGCGGGCCCGCUACCUGCAGAUGAACGGGGUCCGCAUGGUCGGGCUGGACAUGCCCGAGACGGUGCUCGAGCUGGACGUGGCCAACAACUGGCUGUCGCGCGUGUACGUCGACCCGGACCGGAGCUACGCCCUGCGGAAGCUAAACAUGCGCAACAACCUGUUGACCAGCAUCAGCAGCUUCAAGUAUCUGAACUCGAUCGAAGAUCUCGAUCUCAGCGACAACAUGCUGCACACGGUCAACUUUGACGUGUUCUCGUUCAUGCCGUACAUCCGCGUGCUGAACCUGGCGCGUAAUCGAAUUUUCAGUGCCACCGCCGGUGACGGCGUCAUCUCGCUCGGCUAUCUGGAGGAGGCGAACCUGGCCGAGAACCAGCUGACCAAGCUGGACGUCGGCGUGUGGCUGUUCCCGUCGCUGCGCACGCUGAACCUCACCGGGAACGCCAUCAAGCGCCUGAACCUCUCGAGCCAGCAGUCCUUCCCGCGCCUCAAGAGUGUUCUGCUGUAAGGCAUAAGGUUGGGACCGAGGGUGGGUCGCCCGGGGGGGGUUUUAGGUGUGUAUGACCAGUGAAGUGUAACUCGCAUUGCCGUUGUACGAAAUCGCCAGUCGAUCGGGCUGGCGAGAUCGUCAUAGAUUUAAUAAACGUACG